AGCUACAGAAUCAACUCUGCAGUCUCAGGCUUGGACAUGGAUGGUUUCACUUUCCCCAACAUGGCUCCUAACUCUGGUUACAGCAGAGUGAAUAACGAGGAGCUGAGGAUGGUGAUGGUGGGCAAGACUGGAAUUGGAAAGAGCGCCACUGGAAACACCAUCCUGAAUCGAGAGUGUUUCGAAUCAAAGUUCAGUGCCAAGUCGAAGACAGUGGACUGUUCAAAGGGUAAAGGUACAGUAGACGGUCAGAGGGUCGCUGUUAUCGACACCCCCGGCUUCUUUGACACCAGAUAUGUGCCGCAGAAGACAGAGCAAGACAUCACUCAGUGCAUCUCGUAUGCUGCUCCUGGACCCCACAUGUUCCUGGUGAUCAUCAGGCUGGGCAGAUACACUGCAGAGGAGAUGAAUACGGUGCAGAGGAUUCAGGAGAUCUUCGGCCAGGCAGCAGACAGAUACAGCAUGGUUCUCUUUACUGGGGGAGACAUGCUUGAAGGCACGAUUGAGGACUUCUUGGAUGAAAGCCCCGACCUGCUGGAACUCGUGGCCAGAUGUAACGGGCAGUACCACGUCUUCAACAACAAGAGUAACGACCGCUCUCAGGUGACUGUGCUGCUCCAAAAGAUCCGAAGUAUCGUCCAGAAGAACGGAGGGAGCCACUACACCAACGAGAUGUUCCAGGAGGCCGAGAGGGCUCUGGAGAGGGAGAAACAACGCAUCCUGAAAGAGAAAGAAGAACAAAUACGCAAAGAAAGAGAGGAGCUGGAGAGGAAAGUCAAGGCUCAGUAUGAGGAGCAGAUGAAGAAGCUCAGUGAGCAACUCCAGGCUGAUAGAGAGAGGGAGAGGAAGGAGAGAGAGGAGGAGAGGAAGAGGGAGAAGGAGGAGAUGAAUGAGGAGAGAAAGAGAGAGAGAGAGGAGAGAGAGGCAGAGAGGAAGAGAGAGAGAGAGGCGAAAGAAGAGGAGAUGAAGCGGCUGAAGGAGCAGUUUGACAGUGAUCUAAAAGAGCAGAUGAAAGAUCUGCAGAACAAACAUGACUCCAAUGCCAGAGAUGAAGCUGAGAAGUCCAACCCGUUAUAUCAUCUGGUCAGAGCUGGGUUAAGUAUUGUCAAUGGGGUGAGAGAACUUGGAAAUUCGUUGAAAAGCUUGUUCAAGUUUUAAACCAUCAGUGGGCAGAAGUUUUUGGUGAGUUUGUUUUGUUUCUGGGCUGCCAUCAGGGGUUAAACCCAUCUAAAGUCCUAAGGAAUCAAAGCAAAUGUGAAAAAAGAUUCAGCUGGUUUUCUCCCAAAAACACAAAAAUGCCUUUAAAGGCUCUUUUUGUUUUUGCUAAAUAAUUCUUUUCUUUCUUUAAAUAUAUCCUUUAAUCAGUUCUGUUAAUGAAUGAUGAAUGUUAAGAAGAAGACCUACUUACCCACACACGCACUGACCUAUCUAUUGAUCUAUCUGUAGUACUGUAUUUUAUUUGUAGGCAUGUUUGGGCUGAAAAUUGAGGCUGCACUGGACAUAGGAACAAGACUCAAAAAUCCCUCAGCAGACAGAAACUGAUGCAGAAAGAGUAUGGAGCGAUUAUUGUUGCAAAACUAUUUGCAAAAAGCAUACACAGAUCUGUACACAAAAAUUUUAUGUUGUGUGCAGAGUUUUAAAUAUGUGCAAAAUUCCACAAAUGCCUGCACAAAUCUGCAAAUGUGUAGAACAAUUUGUUAAUGUGUGUACUUCGUUGACUUAAGUUGAGGAAACUUUCUCUUUUUGUUUUUUGAUGCCAAUAUACUCACAAGAUAUCAGUUACAACUAAAUUUGCCUCUCAGGUGGCGGUCAUACACACACGACUUUUGAAACACUUCUGCUGGGCAAGAUCUGCAAAUACACACUCAGAUCUUUAAGUGCAAAAGCAACACGUUUUGUUGCCCUCAGUGCAGAGACAAGGUUGCCUACCUCACAGAACAUGGACCAGUAUUCAGUACUGAGCCAGACAGCAGUUUAGCUUUUAUUAGAUCUUUAUACAUAUUUGCAAAUCUUUGCAUGCAUUUGUAGAUCUGCAGACACAUUUGCAAAUCUUUGCAUGCAUUUGUAGAUCUGCUCACACAUUUGCAAAUCUUUGCAUGCAUUUGUAGAUCUGCUCACACAUUUGCAAAUCUUUGCAUGCAUUUGUAGAUCUGCUCACACAUUUGCAAAUCUUUGCAUGCAUUUGUAGAUCUGCUCACACGUUUGCAAAUCUUUGCAUCCAAUCCAAUCCACUUUAUUUAUAUAGCACAUUUUAUAAACUGAACGUUUCCAAAGUGCUGCACAAAACAUCAUUAAAAACAAAACAAUUGUUCUACCAGAGCUCAAGAUAAAACCAAUAAACCAAGGGAAUAUAUUAAAACAAUAGAUAGUAGCCAAAAAAAAACAAAAAAACAACAAACAAUAAAAAUAAAUACAAAAUAUAAAAAAGGGUAAAAACAGUAGAAUAAAGUAAAAUAAUAAAAGACACAGGGCUCCACACAACUCAUGCGGUGUUAAAAGCUAAAGAAUAAAAAUGGGUCUUAAGACGAGACAUUUGCAUUUGUAAAUCUACUCACGCAUUUGCAAAUUUGUGUACAGGUCUGUGUAUGCUUUUUGCAAAUGGUUUUGCAACAAUAAUCGCUCCAUAAAAGAGUUUAUUUCUUUGUCUUGUCGAGUUGCUGUCAACAAGACACCUGAAUACCUCACUGGUAUGAGGAUGCUGCUUUUAUCCUCUUUGUUUUUUUACAAUGUUUGCAUUUGAGGGGUCCAGUGGCUGUUAAACAGGUCGAUAAUAAGGACUUUUACAUUAGUGCCUAUGUGUGAGACCUUAAGUUGUGCUGUGUACACUGACAUAACUUGCAGCGCACAGCCCGACUGAAGGUCUCCUGAGGAAGGGAGCUAAAAAAGCAGGAUGGUACGGGUCACUUUAUUGGGACCCUUACCAGCUUUUGACAAUGGAAACACAAAAAUACGUGUACCCUACCAUAGUGGGGCUCAGUGGAAAUAACUAUUGGUGUGUCAUGGGAAUUUCUACAAGCAUACAUUAUUACUACAGCUAUGCAACGACUUCUGUUAUUGUCAUAUAUUUUAAAGGGCUAUUUUAUAUGAAUAUGGAUAUGGUGGUGCCUUGAUAUUCUGGCCUGAUCUUAGGCGUGCCUUGGGCAAAAUAGUUUGAAAACCAUGGGUUUAAAGACAAAGCAGUUUAUAUUGUUCCUCUUUGGCCUCCUUCCUCUUCUCUCCAAUUUCCUGCUGCUGUUAGCAUUAGCACUCGGCUAACCAGACAAUGAGGCUGCAGAGAAUUUAUAAGUGAACAAAAGCAAUAUUAUAAAAAGGUGAGCUCAAUACCAACAUUUAGAUAAAUGUCACACUGUGGUGGUAGAUGAAAACCAACUUAUGAGGGUAAAAUACUGGGUUUGUCAGAUAUCUGUGAGGUCAGCUGUGUAGAGGUUGGACAUUCAUGUAGUUACAAACUUAUCUGAUUAAAUGUUGCCAUAAGUAUUAAUGUAUUUUAUUUUAUUGCACAUAUGAACAAAUAGAAAGAAGAAAAGCAGUAGAACAAGGAGUUAAAUAUGAAUUACAAGAUAGUUUUUGGAGUCAGUAAACAAAGAAAUGUGCAGGAGAAACCAAAGACACCAGCUGAGUUUCCAUUACACUUGGAAAUGCGCAAAAUUGAAAUAGAAAAAAAUUUCCAUUACCAAUAAAAAAUGGUAAUGGAAACACCUGAAUUCCGAAAAAAAAAAAACUAAAAUAUCGCUAAAA